CGUCAUAUAAAAAAUAAAAAAGUGGUGCUAUUUAUCUGCUUCAUGAUUUUAUGUGAAUCUUUCUUUUAUUUUAUUUUUUUUCUUAUAUAUUUUGAGUAACCCUUCUGAUGCAAGAAUAAGUUUAAUUGGGCUCUAACGGGUUACACUCUCUCCUUUUCUUUUUUUCUUUCUUUGUUUCUCUCCUUAUUGACUAGAAUGUGUGUUGUUCUAUGAGAUAAUUGAAGGUGAAGAUGGCCUUGUAUUAUUAUGUUAUCUUUUAUCUUCUACAUAUUCUCCUUAAGUUCCAUUCACUUUCUUCUCCUGUAACCUCUUCUUCUCCUUACACCCAUAUAUCCCCUUUUACACUAUCUAUUUGAUCUAGAUUAUCAUGAAGGCCUAUGGUACUUUUAUACAUUCUGGUAAAGGAUCUGUAAUAUCUCUUAGAUUGCAGAAAUUGUUUAUAUCAUUUUGCUACAUACUUGUGCAUGCAUCUUUUAGUAGUAAAAAAAAACGACUAUACUUAUUUGUCUUUGAAGAUAGUUUACUCCCAGUUUCUAUUAUAAAUCUAACAUCAUAUAGUAUUUUUCUUUUAUAAUGUAAUGUCCAUAUAUCUAACGCUUUAUUUCAUUUCUUCCUUUUUCCCUUAGUCUACUGUAUUUAUACAAGGGGAAUAAAAAAUAUAUAUUUAUAUACAUG